UUUUUAAUUUUAAUAUUUUCAAUCAUUUUUCUUCUUAACUCAAUAUUUGGUUAUGUUAUGCCAUUUAAUAACUUGUUAGUACACAAAACACAAACCGAAAUCAGGAUUUUUGUUAACAAAACAUUGUAAUUAAAAUAUUUGGAAAGCUUUGUUAUUAUUUUUUUAAUGUAUAUUUUUUAGCCGCCGGCCAUUAGUUUUUCAAUUUUUAGACCAUGGACUGAAACAGUUUUCUGGUCAAAAUCUCUGAUUCGGUGAUUAAAAAGUUAGCCAAAAUUAAGUUUCCAAAAUCCCAUUCUUACCCAUUUAGAUACCAUUUUACGAACUUUCCUCCCAUUCCUUGUCAUUUGCCAUUUUUCCUCUCUUCCCUCUCUUUUAUAUAUACUUGUAACAUAUUGAAAAAGUCGUAUUACUUCACAUAGCUUUGGACUUGACGUUCUCAAGCUUCUACCCAAUAAAAAGCUCAAGAAAACCACAUCCAAAAUUUAAUUCCAUCGAAACAAGAAGAAGAUUCGAAGAAGGAAAGGAGAGAUGGAGAUGAGUGGUUUGCAAAGGUCAACAACUUCGUUUAGGAGACAAGGGUCGUCAGGGUUAGUAUGGGACGACAAGUUUUUAUCGGGAGACUUGAACCAAAUGAAGCUUAACAAUCAAGAAAACAAAGGUAACCGAGGAUCAGAUGGUAUGAUGAGACGCAGCCGAUCGGACGGAGGCGAUAUAAAUAUGUACCAGACGGUGAAGGCGGCGUCACCAAGCGUGGACCCUCCUUCUCCUAAGGUCUCCGGUUGUGGGUUUUGUGGAGUUUUUGGCAGAUCGGACGCAGCCAAGAAAAGAAGAUCAAACAAACGUAAGUCGUGAUCACAUAGGGCAUUCCAAUUCCAAUUAUGUGUGAUUUUUUUUUUUAUUUUUCUCUUUUGGGGGGUGUUAAAGUUACACACUUGCAGAAUUCCAGCUGAAAUAUAUCUAACGAAAAAGGAAAAAAAUGGUGUAUGGGAGCACUAGCCUUAAACUUACGUGUUUGGCUUGUUUUCAACAGCUUAUAUUUCAUGGGAUUUUGUCAUAUAUAGAGAUGGUUAUUCUUUUAUUCAGAGCUUUGUGUUGAUUGUAUAGUUUUUGUCUUAAAGUUUAUGCGUUACACAUUUCAAUGCACCAAAAGAAAGUUUUAAUUUCUCAAUUAAUCUAUCUCUUUGAAAAUCACUCCCAUACCGAUGCUUUAUGAAUUUAAAAUCACCUUAUAUGUCCUUAUGAUUUUGGUGAUGGUUGCGUUUGUAGCCAGGGUUUUAUUUUAUAGUUGGUAAGGCAGCCGACUUUUAAAUUUUUUGUUGGCGAAUGGUCUUAUAGUUUUUAACGCCAAUGCUCAUCACAGAGAAGAUUUUAAUAAGAUGCCCACUAUCUGUCCUAUCUAUGACCUAAAAAAGUUCCAAAAAAACAUAUGUACUCUUAUAAAAUUAACAACUGUUCUUAAAAAAAGUUAAUGUUACUCUCUUUAAGCUUACAAAAUC